AUGUUAGACUCCAACCACACCAGCACCUCCUUCUUCCUGACAGGCCUCCCAGGCCUCGAGGCUGUGCACACCUGGCUCUCCAUCCCCCUGUGUGCCAUGUAUGCGGCUUCUCUGGCAGGCAACAGCCUGAUCCUGUGGGUGGUGAGGACAGAGCCCUCCCUGCACCAGCCCAUGUACUACUUCCUGUCGAUGCUGGCAGUGACUGACCUGGGCCUAUCUGCCUCCACGCUGCCCACCAUGCUCCCCCUCUACAUGCUGGGUUCCAGGGGGGUGGCUGUGGAUGUGUGCCUGGCCCAGCUCUUCUUCAUCCACACUUUCUCCAUCAUGGAAUCCUCUGUGCUACUGACCAUGGCUUUUGACCGUUUUGUAGCCAUCAGCAACCCCCUGCGCUAUGGCACCAUCCUCACCAGCCCCCGGAUAGCCAGCUUGGGCCUGGCCAUUGUGGUGCGCAGUGUCAGUCUCCAUAUCCCAGCCCCCAUCAUGCUGAAGAAGCUGCCUUACUGCCAGAACCACCAGCUCUCCCACUCCUACUGCCUGCACCCGGACGUCAUGAAGCUGGCCGGUGCUGACACCCAUGUCAACAGUGCCUAUGGUCUCUUUGUGGUUCUCUCCACACUAAGUGUGGACUCAGUGCUCAUUGUUCUCUCCUAUGGGCUGAUCCUCCAAACAGUGCUAUCCAUUGCUUCCAGGGCUGAGCGCCUCAAAGCCCUCAACACCUGUGUCUCCCACAUCUGUGCUGUCCUGCUCUUCUACACACCUAUGAUUGGCCUGUCCAUGAUCCACAGAUUUGGGAAACGGGCUUCAUUGUGCAGCCGUGUGCUGCUCUCCUACCUGCACUUUCUUACACCUCCAGUACUCAACCCAGUUGUUUACACCAUCAAAACCAAGCAGAUCCGACUGAGGAUGCUACGCCUCUUCUGG